AGCCAGGAUAAGCCGCUUCAGAUUCAAACCAAAAAUGGCGGUGGAUUAUAAAAGAUAUCUUGCUGAGAAUGUACUUAGUGAGCGUCGCGUGGUUACGUACCGGCUGCUCAGUCGAGCUUUGAAAGUCCACAGCAAUCUUGCCAAACAGAUGCUGUUUGAUUUCCAUCGCACUGAAAAUGGAAAAAAGUCAAAUAGUGUGUGCGCCACUUAUCUGAUCAGCGGGGUUCAAUCGCUGCAGAGGAUACCAGUUAUAAAUGGCCAGUCCAACGAUGGGGAAGAUAUAGUCAUGAGAAGCAGUCCAUACAUGAGCUCUAUGCCUCAACCCGAUGAUCGUGAGCGCUCUAUGCGCACAACAUCCUUUGUGUUGGUGAGAGAAGAGGAUUUAGAUGAUGCCAAAGCUACAUUCGAGUCUAUAUCUAUGAUACACAUCUACAGUUUACAGUCAAAUGUUCUUCCGGACCUCAAUGUACUGAUCGACGUUAGCCGAGAGAUUCUUGCAUCAUUCGGCAGUGAAGACCCCCUAGAGCUAGGCAAACAGUGGGGUAUGAUUGAAAAUCAGAAUGUCAAACGAAGGAAGACAACCAAGCCGCCUUUACCUGUAACGGUGCCAGCUCCUCUGAAGACCGAAGUGCCCAAGAAAGAUGUUCCUAGGAAAGAAGUGCAACCCAAAGCUGAGCCAGAAGCUUCGUCAAAAGAGUCAUCACAACAAAAGAUGCAGACGAAAACAACCGACAAGGCACCUACUCGUAAGAAAGGGGAUCUUUUCUCAUCCUUUGCAAACGCCAAGCCGAAAUUGAAAAAGGAGGACUCGACUGCUUCCAGUGUCAAAUCAGUGAGAUUGCUCCAAUUGUGCUGCUUUACGUUAUCCGUCACUGAUUUCCGAUCCCAGGCAACUGACAAUGCCCUAAAGAGAGGUAGGAUUUUCUUCAUGGAAACAAUAGUCUCGGCUCUAACACGACGCAGGAAUGUUUGACGAUGAUGACGACGGUGAAGAUGCAGAAGGGGAGGAUCCAUUCGCGAAUAGUAAAGAAAGCAAACCCGUCUCCAACCGAGAAUCACGAAAAGAACGUGAAGCAAAACUGAAGCAAAUGAUGGAGGAUGAUGACGAUGGUAGUCCCGCCUUGGAAGUAUGCGAUGACCGUAGCUAACAUCUACUAGAUGAAGACAUGGCUGGUGUCACUGAAACUCCUGUCGAGUCUGCAGCAGAAGAAUCUGAGCAGAUGGAAACGCAAAGAGAGCCGGAGCCGGAGCCUAAGGAGACGGUCACCGUUCAAGGUGGGCGGCGCAGAGGCAAGCGGAAGAUCAUGAAGAAGAAGACAGUCAAGGAUGACGAAGGCUACCUCGGUAGGAAUCCUCAAGCUCUCCCAAGAGGAUCUAUCUAUUAACACAAGCCUCUCUUAGUCACGGUCGAAGAGCCAGCAUGGGAGUCGUUCUCUGAGGAUGAGCCGGCGCCGCCGCUGAAGAAGAAAGCUGCGGUCAGUGCAACGGGGAAGAAGGGGGGACAGGGAAACAUCAUGUCGUUCUUUUCCAAGAAAUGAAUUGUUACAGAUCUUAGCAGUUCACGAGUCGC